AUGUUCACGUCUGUGCACCCACUUUAUACUACGAAAGUCACAAGCUUUGAAUUUUCAUGGGUAUCAAAAAACGAUAUAAGUGGUAGUUGGAGUGAUAUUCCUCUUUGGAAGAAAUUAGCUGACGAGACAAACGCCAAAGUACCACACACCUUCGAAGUACACUCCUGUAAACGACCGACCAUUUGUCAGUACUGUAAAAUAUUAUUAAAAGGUUUACUUCCGCAAGAGAUGCAGUGUCGUGAUCGCAAGUAUAACUGUCAUGAAAAGUGUGCAAAAAUGGUAGAAAAAAAGUGUGGAGGCAAUUUUAACUUCAUGAGAAGUAUGCAACUUAAAUCGCUGUGGGAUGAAGAUAAUGAUCAUGUUGGAUGUAUUCAAGAUUUUAUUUAUACAACAGAAAAAUUAACAAAUUCUCACUAUAAAAAUGCUCUAACAAUGUCAAGUGCAUCCUCAGAAACGUUUAGUAAUGAAAAUGAUAAUCAAAAUAAUUCAAUCGAAUCUCAGAACAUCCCACUGAUGCGAGUUGUGAUGUCAAAACAGCAAAUGAAGCCUGAAAGUGUAAAGGUGCUAAAAGAAGGUUGGAUGAUACAUCAUACAAAUCGCAGAUGCUUGGUUAUCUUUGUUAAAUUCGUUUUAUAUACAAAUGUUACUUUGUGGGCAAAAUUUUUGGAAAAUUCAUGUGCUGAUCAAAAUAUUCAUAUUCCUGCUCAGUUUCAUGCAUUUUUUGAAAUUUUUCUAGCGCAAAAAACUCUUUUGGCGCUUGGAUAUGAAGGCAGUAACCGUUUACAGAGACGAGACACUGACAAAAAAUUAUAA